AUGGAGUCUAGUAGCACGGAGUGCAGCGGUCCCCCGCUCAACGGGGCGCACUGCGGCGGCGGGGAGUCGGACCGCGCGCGUUCCGCGUCCCCCGUGUCGCGCCGCCAGCGCGGCGUGUCGCCGCAGCCGCGCCCGCCCAGCGCCGCCCAAAAGCCCCGUGCCCGCUCGCGCCGCCGGCGCGCCGCCAGCCCCAGCGGCGGCGCAGGGACCGUCAGCGGCGGGGCGGGCGGCGCCGGCGGGCUUGUUAGCGGCGACACCGGCGCAGAGACACACCCCGAGGUCACCCAGACCACCGGCGGCGGCGGCGGCGGCAAGCGGCGCCUCAAUCUAACGGAGGACGAGCGGCGUGCCAGGCGGCGCCAGGCGAACCGCGAGUCGGGUGCGGGCCGUCCCACCUCUUAA